UUCACCAGAAUUUGGAGCUACUGCAUAUUGCUAGCUAGCCUCAGCUUUUACAAAAUUAUACUCAAUAUAAAUCUACACAACUUCACUAUUCUUCACUACUGUGGUUUAAGAGCUCACUGUGAUUUCAAUGGCUGCAAAAGUAAGAACAAGAAGACAUAGCAUCUCUUCACCAUUGGAGCUGGAAGUUACCAAGCACAUGGAAUCUCAGCAAAUUGAUGCUCAAGUGAAUGUAUCAUUGUUCAAUCGAAAGAGACCAGCUAAUGACACAAGCUCGGAGCUGAAUCAUGUGCCGAAAAGACCGGCCCUUGCAGACAGGAAUGAACCAAAGCCAACUGAUAGUGAAGAACUUCCUUCUGACCCAAUGCAAUGGACACAAAGGAAUGUCUGCCAAUGGUUAAACUGGGCAGCAAAGGAGUUUGACAUGAGCCAAAUCAAUUUGUGCAACUUUUCCUUCUCUGGUCCUCAGCUGUGCAGCCUUAGUAAAGAGGAAUUCCUGAGCAGAGCACCUCCAUUCACUGGAGAUAUCCUGUAUUCUCAUCUGAACCUGCUUAGGGCAAAAAGUGCUGUUGCUGGCUUAUCAAAGGCUGACGCUAAACCUGACCCAGAUGUGAAGGUACCUGGUUUUGGAAUGUGGCCUACCUGCCUAUGGCCUAACUCAGUAUCGGAUUAUUCUUCUCUACUUCGGUUUCAGAAGCAGUCACAGGAGGCAAUGUACAAAUCUCAAUUACAAAACUCUGGACUAUUCUUGAAUCCUCAACUCUUGAGAAACCCUAUGCCCUUGACAAGCUUGCCUAUUCCUUUGACAUCUACAGCACCCACAGUAUCCUCAAUUACUGAUGUAUCUUCUCUUGAGCAGUUGAAUACAGACUGGAGUGCCUACUCUGCAAUGAUGAAUGCUGCUGCAUUGGCUGCACAGAGCCACCUCAGGAGCACCACAGUGUUCACACCAACACACACUGCCAUCUCAUCCACCUUUGCUCUACCCCAAGUAUCCGCUGCAGAGAGCAGGUAUACUAUGUCAACACCACCCACAUUGGGCUCCUCUCUUACGAUAGCCGACGUUUUGAAACUUUCUGCCAGUGCAAACCCAAUGCAACGCUCACUUUCUGUACCUAGCCGGCCUGGUGUCACACCGUCCCCCACCCACUCCCACACUUCUCCCACACCCUCCCCCCAACCACCUCACACCUCCAGCCAUAGUGGAGCCUAUCGUCCCCCUCCUAUCAAUAUCCCCAUGAUGACAGUGCAGGAAGAUCCCAGUCAGACUCCAGCUACUCCACUCUCCCCUUCAACAAAUCAACAAGGACAAAUUCAACUGUGGCAGUUUCUGUACGAGCUCUUGCAAGACAGCAAAUACUCUAACAUUAUCAACUGGGCCGGAGGAGAUGGAGAGUUCAAGCUGCUCGAUCCUGAGGCUGUCUCCACACUCUGGGGGAAUCGCAAACGAAAGCCGGCAAUGAAUUAUGACAAGCUCAGUCGUGCAAUACGAUAUUACUACGAUAAAAAGAUUAUGCACAAAGUUCAUGGGAAGCGAUAUGUGUACCAGUUCAACUUUGACACAAUUGCAAAAUACCUUGGCAGUGAUCCUAGCACUGUUUCAAGAAGCAGCUCUGAUGAGCAUCAACAACCUGCCAUAGCCAACACCAACUCUUAUCACAACGUUGCGAAAUUAGAGGCACUACCAAACACUGUGGAGAGCUGUACAGUUCAAGAUCUCGGUACUCUUGUGAAAGCCACCAGUCUUCCCUCUCCUCCCUCCUCCACACAGCACACACCCUCCCCUCAACCCUCCACCACAGUAAAGCUGGAGCAAACACCACCCUCUAUAGCAACACCAGACCCUGCAGCUAUGAAUGUACUACAAGCUCUCUAUCAUCCUGUAUUCUCUAUGGCAAAUGUAUUACCGUCAUCGCAAUAAGCAUUAUUGUAACUUACAGUCUCUGUUAUAUUACUUAUUUCUUAUGAUUACGACUAAUUAUUACUCUUCACGAUCAUUUAUAAUUAUUCAGGACAUGACAUGUACGUAUACGACAUCCUUUUGAUAUCAAA